AUGACAGAAGGAGCUCUAGCGAAGUUUCGACAAUGGACUCAAAUUGUACGCCAUUAUGGCGGACUGAAAAAUACUCUUUUAGCAGUUUACCGUUAUGAUGAUUUAAAAACCGGCGCAUUUAUUGGCGCUGAUAAAUACGGCAAUUCGUACUAUCAAAAUAAACGUUAUUUUAUUGGUCGCAGUCGUUGGGUACAAUACGCUGAUCGUGUCGGACUUGACUAUGAUGCAAGUCAAGUUCCACCUGAAUGGCAUCGUUGGUUACAGUAUAUUACAGAUGAUCCACCAACUACUACACCGAUAAAACGUCAUCCAUGGAUGAUUGAUCAUAUUGAAAAUAAAACUGGUACACGUCAAAGUUAUAUGCCCUAUUCAACGGUUCGACCUAAAAUUCAAAGUUGGCAACCACCAGCACCCUCGACAACAACAUCACAGAGUACAGGCGCAAUGAAGAGUUAA